AUAGACUUUGUAUUUCGAAAGUAUAUAUUGUUCUCGGCUUCUUUAAUAGUUUAUUAGUAUAACUAAAACAUCUUUCUAAUUUCUAAAGAAUUAUUUUUACUAAUUUUAUGUACUAAAUAUAUUUGAAAUGUAACGUUCAUGAGUAGUCUCUAACGGAUAAGGAAGUGAGAAAAUUAAAUUCCGCAAAUGGUAUGUGUCUUCGCUUUCAACCGGUUUGAGGCAUUGCUUACAUUCUCUGCUCAUACGAAAAGCAUUACUAACGCGCCUGCCCACAAUUACAGUUAACACUUUCCAACACGCAUGAUGUUAGCAAUUUAAAAGCUCAUCAAAGCACACAGCUGAUCUGUAUUUUCUUUUUAUUGAAGCCAACCGAUCGUCAUAUCUGGAUAUGCUUAAUGAUUCCAGCGGUCAGAGUAUUUUUGUGUUGUCUUGUGUGCGGCGUCAGCUCUCUUGUGCAUACACACGAGCAAACAGCGACCUAACGUGACGGCGUUAUUAGGCGAUGGCGUUAGGUAGCUUAGCUCCAAAUCAGUCCAGCCUUCUAGCCCGUUCUGUUCGUGUGUUAUGUGCUUGACGCCGGAGCGCUACGCAGCGCAAACGAAAAGUAAUCAGCAAGUUAAAUAAUAAAAAAACUGUGAAAUAACGCAAACACAGCGGCUCAAUUGACUCGUGUAUUUCACAGCGACUUGUGCAAAUUUUAAUUUUAUUAUUAUCAAAUAUUUAAUACACGUACGCCUACCGCGCUAACCGACCACAGUCGUGACUUUACAUAUAAUACAGCUCAAGUUGUAUAUUUUCUUAAACGCUUAAAUUCUCUGCUUUUCUUUCUAUAUGAGCUAAAGCAAGAAAGUAGUAAAAAAAAAGAAUGAAGUAUUGUUGGAAUUCGCGGCUUUGACAGUGGAUUGGAGCAAAAGCAAAAGUGAAUAACAAAAAUAAGUAAAACAAUUACGAUCGGAAGGGUAGACAAACGCGCUAUAUAUUUUAUUGUUUGCUUCUCAAUAUUCUACUUAAUCAAAAAUCAACGAAAUUAAAUCGAAAGCAGACGAAAAAAAUUUUUUUUUAACUUGAGCUCACGAGCAGUUGGAUAGGUCGUCGCCAUCGUUGUUCGUGUCGCUGUCGCUGUCGCCGCUACAGCUGAGAUCAAAAUUAAGAUUGAGAUCAGUACUGAGCGACCGAGAUCAUCGCGAAAGUCAUCGCGCAGGUAAAACGAGACCGACACAAUCGAUAGAAAUGAGAUGGACGCACCAAAGCUUGCUGCUGAUUAACUAACAAUUCAGUAGAAACAAUAGACAAGUGAAAAAUAGUGAAGGCUACGGAAAAAAGCAGAGAAAACAAAAAAAAAACACAUACGUUGUGGAAAAAUAAGGUUGUGAGCACCAAGUACCGCUUGCAUAUGUACAUAUGUAGGUAUGUAUGUGCAUAAAUAGCUACUCGAGUGCAAUAGACAAGCCUUUGCAUUUACAACAAUAAAGAAAAAAUAUGUGUGCACUAGUUGGUCAUAGAGAAUGCGUUGAAAAGGCGAGCGAAUAUUAUAUUAUUUGUAACAAAGACAAAACUCAACAAAACCAGUAAGGUCGCACCAUAAGCAGCAGCUGCCGCUCACCACUCAGGCAAAUAAAAAGUACACAUAAAACGUAGCAAAGCUGCUCAGCAGCGCGUAACCGUUUAUGGUGUCAACAGCUGUUUCAAUAAAAUACAAACACUUUUAAUACGGAAUAAUUCAACUUCUGAAGCGUUUAAAUAUUCAUUUGCACAGCAACAACAAACAAGUAUAUGCAUCAAUCAGCUUUAGACCAUUAUCAAAUCGCAUUUAAUGCAUACCAACAAAAACAAUAAUAAUAAAAUCUGCACAAAUGCCUUCGCCAAAUUUAAAACAACAACAAACACCACCUCCACCGCCACCACCUACACUCUUCCAACAACAACUCUCGUAUCCGAAUCAUCAUCAAUCGCAACAACAAAAAAGCUAUUAUACGAAAAAUAAGAAAUUAUCAACGAAAUUGAAAUCUUCUUCGCUGGACAAUGAUAUAUUUCUGCAAAAUCGUAAAAACAACAAUCAGAGCAGCUCGGAUUGGCUUUUGCCACCACAUGGUAGUGCAACAAUACCACGUGCCGCGUCCACGAAUUCAUUGGCGAGCACUGUAACAGCUAGCAAUUAUCAGGAGUAUAAAGCGGAAAUAAUCAAUCAGGGGAAAUGCCUUUGCGGCCAGUACAUACGUGCGCGACUACGACGAGCUGGCGUCCUAAAUCGGAAAGCCACUCAACGAUUGCGCACCAUAUUGGAGCCCUCUUCGGCGGUGGUUUAUGAAGUGUUUCCAGCAUUGAACAGCAUGGGUGAGGAAUUGGAACGAAUGCAUCCGCGCGUCUACACAAAUAUCUCACGACAGCUAUCGCGUGCCCCCUAUGGGGAACUGGUCGAUGGAGAUACGGCUCCUAUGUUGCUCAAUUUGGUUGCCAAAGAUUUGUUUCGUUCGAAUAUAACGUGGGGUAAAAUAAUCUCAAUAUUUGCGGUGUGUGGUGGUUUCGCCAUCGACUGUGUACGUCAGGGUCAUUACGAGUAUCUGCAAUUUCUGGUGGACGGUAUUGCUGAGAUAAUUGAAGAUGAUUUAGUGCCGUGGCUGGUGGAUCACGGCGGUUGGUUGGGCCUUCAGCAACAUAUACGUCCGCAUGUGGGCCAGUUUUCAUUCUUAGGCUUGUUGACACUUUUCGUGGCCGUAUCAUCGGGUGUUUAUGUUGUUACCAAUGUUGCCAAACAUAUUGGUUGUCAUUUGUAUUCUUUGCUAUUUUGAUAACAACCGCUAUGUGGGAUGUGGGAAAUACAUAUAUGUAUAGGAAUAGUCAAUGUAAAAUGUGAAAGGAUUUUGAGUCUUAUAUUGUUGCAAUAAUACUGUAGAUAUUUUUGCAUUUUUAUUAAUAUUUACCAUAAAUAAAUUUUCAGUAAUAUUUAUGUAGAUUACUUAGGAAAGUGGUAUAAGAUUGUUUAUUCUUUAAUUUUACCUAGUUGUUUGGAAAUAUCUAACGAUUUCUUUAACCUUCCCUUUGCAAAUGAACGUUAAUAGCAAUUUUUAUAAUAAUUUAAAUUUAUGACUUUAAAAUAAUAGCAACUUUACUCUUAAUUUAAUUAUUUAUCAAAACACAUUUAUUUAUAAACAUUUUAUCUCUGCAAAACUAAGAGUGAUCCUAAUAUUCAAAAUAAGAUAUGUACGUCUCUAACUAUUAAUUUUAAAUUUAUAUGGUAUUUACAUGACAACUGACCCAUACCAAUCUAUUUCAUGUUUGUAUUCACGCAAAUACAUUUGUUAAUUCAUUGUAAUGACUUAUUUUAGUUUGAAAGAAACAUAUACCAUAUACAAAUAAAAAUAAAAAAAAUAA